AUGGCCAACUCUACAGGAAACCCAUCCCUUUUGGGCAACCAAGGUCCUGUGGAUAAUUUACGUCUUGAACAAAAUACAGACCCCGUGGGAAAUAACCCCCUUAUAAAUGUUCAAUAUCCAGCAGGAAAUCCAUCCCUUUUGGACAACCAAGGCCCUGUGGGUAAUCUACGCCUUGAAAAAAAUCUAGGCCCUGUGGGAAAUGACCCCUUUAUAAAUGUCCAAUACCCAGCAGGAAAUCCAUUCCUUUUCGAUAACCAAGGUCCUGUCGAAGAUCCACGCCUUGAACAAAAUACAGACCCCGUGGGAAAUAACCCCCUUAUAAAUGUCCAAUACCCAGCAGGAAAUCCACCCCUUUGA